AUGAGAUUCUGGCUCUUUCUGACUUCCCUCCUGGCGCGGGCACACCGAGAGUCUCAGCACUUCGCCGUGCAACUCGACGAGGAAAUCGAGGAGUCUCCUCCCACGAUUGUUUCGCCGCAGAACUGGUCCAGAGUGCUCCAGUCCGUCGGUGUGGAGCCAGUUCGAGUGCAUCUCCUAGCAGGGGUCUACUCAAGCAUGUCCUUCACCUUACCAGCCGGUGCCAAGCUGGAGUUGCAGGGUGAGCGGGGCGUGAAGGUCGAGGAGAUAGUUGUGCGUGGCAGCGAUUCCACGGACAAGCCCGAAAGGUCAAGGCAUUUCGCGGCCGAACGGGCUGAGCUGGCACUGAAGAGCCUCCAGCUGGCAAGAGUAUCGUUCGACCUGCCAUUGUCUGCUCUGGCUCUGAUCGAUGUGGCACUGGGAGUAUUACAACACCGUGGCGGCGAACAAGAGGACGACUCCAUGCCCAACUCAAGCCGUGUCGAAGCAUACAUGGAAUCGAUUGACUGCAUCACUUGUCUCACAAUCCAACGCUCGGUUUUGCUUCCGACGCAUUUCGCCGUCUUUGCUAUCAAUGCGACAGUGAUUGACUCGACCCUCAUGCUCGCGACCGGCAACCGGCGAGAUAGGAACUGGAACUAUUUUCGUAGCUAUAGCUUCUGGAUUCGGCGAUCGCACAUUGGCGGCCCUGCGGGGGCCCCCGACAUUUCAGAUGCUAGGGUGGAUGGGUGCGAGCUUGGCUGCCCACGUGGUAUCACCCUCGUAAAUUCGACUCUAGACAACGUCACCGUGCGAUUUCAGGGCAACUUUAGCAUCAAGAACUCGCGCAUGAUCGGAAAGUACUGGGUUUCAUUUUAUGGCACGCACUACCACGGCCGAAUCGAGAGUUCGCAUUUCGGUUUGUGCAACGGACACUGCUUGACCCUUGAUUUGGACGAAUCUGACCUCCUGCUGGUCGGUUCUUCCAUGCAGACUGCGAUACAAGCCAGUGGGAGUACCGACUUGAACCUUGAGAUUCGUGACCUGGAAGUCUCCGAUGUCCACUGCCCCUUCUUGGAAUACUUUCAAUCUGAAAAUCCAGUUUUCUCUUGGAGAAGUCCGAAAACGGGAACGGUUUCCAGUCGUCCGAUGCUGAAUGUGACGCUCGCCUUCGUCAAAUUUUGGAACGUCUGGAGUGCAGUCAAGAUCGAUGCGAAUGACUGGAGGCUGGCCAUGCACCAUGUCGAGAUCCGGCAGGCCACGCUCACAGGGGUGACCCUGCAAAGCAGGGACGCGACGCGCGCUGGCAUUGCUCAGCUUCGCAACGUGUCAAUGAGAGACAUGCCAGUCGGCGUGCUUGCGGAUCAUGUGGUCGCCCACAUCACUGCAAUGACUUCGGUCCAGUGCAGCAUCGGAAUUUCAGCCCGGGCCUCCUAUCUCAACAUGAAGGAGGUGGAUGUCCUGGGCAAGCACAGGCAAAGCAGCGGGAUAAUGUUGAAGUCAUCGGAUUUACAAGCAAGCGAUAUUCGCAUGACGAAUCUGGCAGCUGGCCUUUUGCUGAGUUCUACGACUGUGCACAUGGAAGACGUCUUCAUCACAGACAAUGCUUUGGGCAUCAUUCCAGUAAGCACCACGGGCACCAUCAAUGGAUUGAUCUACUUCAACGAUGCUGCUGACCAGCUCUGUUCGGGUCAUACCGCUUGCCCCGAAGUGGAGCACCAGAGUGUGGCUAUGCAUGUGCACCACACGAAAGCCCUGAUGCUCUCCUUGCUUGCCUGUCUCGUCGCUACCAUCUCGGCAGUCCAGGGUCUCAAGCUCCUCUACACCGAGAAGGCACUGUCCCUUCGCAUGGUCUUGUGGAUGCUCGGUUGUAGCCUGUGGCCCGUGGUGAUGAUCGGAGCCGUGAAUGUCCUGUUGGUCAUCUGGCGCGCAGUCCAAGAACAGGAAGCGAAGCAGCGGCCAAACGCGUACGUGGAGGAGUUCGUUGGCCCAGACCGGAAGAUGAUGUGGGGGCUUGGGUGGCUGUUGAUUUGGUCAGCCGGUGGCAUACUCUAUGUCUUCUUCGAUGUUUUCCUCAAUCGACACGGCUUGAUGCUGACUGGCGAUAUCCGACGGAAGAAACAACUAGAUGAGAAGAAGGCGCAACUGAAGAAGCGCUUGGACAACAAGAGCCUGCGGAGCAGAAUGCAAGGCCUGCACCGCAAGCUAUUCGCGGCUCUGGAUCGCCGCAAGGUGGAUGCAAGAGAGAUCUUCCAGGAGAUGAAGGACUUGGCAGAGGAGGAGGCAAGCAACCUCGGUGGGUGGUUUGAGGACCAGCGCCAGGUCUACCAGGCGGACGACGAUGGCACACGGAUGGAGAAGCUGGAAAAGAUUCCAUCCCAAGAUGGCGAGGCUGUCCAGCCACGCUUGGAAGAGCAUUAUUGCAAUGCGGAGGAAGCUGACACGAAGCUGGAGGGUGGAAAGAUCAAGAAGUCGCCGGUGGAUGCCUUGUACAUGUACGCAAGUUGGCUGCGGGCAGACUUUAAAGAGCAGCUCAGCCAACUGGUUGCAGACUUGAACAGCAUCAGUGCCAAGGAAGUUCGGGAGUUCGACGAGAAGCUCCGGCUGGACCCGUCGCUCUACCGCUUGCAGCACGAAGACGGUGCUGAAGUUGGCCCGCACUUGGGGCUCCUGGUGGCCUCCAUCAAAAGCAAGGAGCGCGCUCUUGCAAAGAUCAACACGGACUACCAGGAGGAUUUCCAGGCCGGGAAGAAGAAAGAACAGCCGCUGGCACGAUAUGUUUGCGACUUCCUGCGUGCCACCAUCUAUGCAGCAGACCCAUUUGCGCUUGCCCUCGCCUUCCACGAGUUCCAGAAGCGCUUCAAGAUCGUGCGAGUAAAGAACAAAUUCGCGAACGAGCAGCUGAAGACGGAGGAGCGAACCAACAUUCUCGUGAACUUCUGGGUGGAGAGCGGAGACAUGAAGCAGAUCGGCGAAGUGCAGUUCCUCAUGCAGGAGUACCUCACGGCGAAGUCCAUACAGCACAUGUACUACGAUGUGGCUCGGGCAAAGAGCGAGGACGAGCUCUUCGACAAGCCGAUCUUUGCCUGA